CUCUAGGGCAUUUCUAGUGUCUGGUUUCCUGUGUUACCACCACCCUUGAGCUGAGACAAGACGGGUGCGGGAGUUUUCUUUUGCUUUCCGACCAGGAAUAGGUCAAUAAAGUGUGCAUCGCUUUUAGGAAUUACACCAAGGCAUUUAAUCAAACUGGACUGCAGUCUCUCUCUGACGGACAGUGUGAAUCAUGGCUCUCCCGUUUAAGAAAGAUCUGGAGAAGUAUAAGGAGAUCGAUGAGGAUGAGAUUCUGAACAAUCUCUCAGUGGAGGAACUCAAGCAACUGGAAAGCGCUCUAGAGGAGAUCGACCCCGAGAAUGCUUUGCUGCCAGCUGGACUCAGGCAGAAGGACCAGACCACGAAAGCAGCCACCGGUUCUUUCAACCGUGAUAACCUGCUACAGUAUCUGGAGAAGGAGGCUAUGGACUAUAAAGACAGAGAUGAUUACGUCCCCUUCACUGCAGAGAAGAAAGGAAAGGUAUGGAUUCCCAAAAAGAAACCAAUCGAAAUCCAUCAGGAGGAAGCCACCACCCUUGACCCGGAAUUGGAAGAGGCACUUUCUAGCGCUACUGACACAGAACUGCAUGACCUGGCAGCUAUUCUUGGAGUGAACACACUGGUGACGAGCACGCGGACUUAUGAUGGCACCUAUACAGACGGUUAUAACAAUGUUGUUCAGGGAGAAAAGGUAAAGCCAGUUUUUGAUGAGCCACCAAACCCUACAAACGUAGAGGAAACUCUGCAGCGGAUAAAAUCCAAUGAUUCCUCACUGACCGAAGUCAAUCUCAACAACAUAAAGAACAUUCCAAUCCCGGCUCUAAAGGACUUUGCAAAAGCCUUGGAGAGGAACACUCAUGUGAAGAAGUUCAGUCUGGCUGCUACCAGAAGCAAUGACCCUGUUGCCAUGGCCUUCUCAGACAUGCUACGAGAGAAUAAGACGCUAAAAAGUUUGAAUCUGGAGUCUAAUUUUAUCACGGGCACAGGAGUUCAGGCUCUGGUGGAAGCUCUGCGGGACAAUGACACGCUAGCAGAGAUCAAGAUUGACAACCAGCGGCAGCAACUCGGUACGUCAACAGAGAUGGAGAUCGCUAAGAUGCUGGAGCAGAAUACAAGCAUUGUGAAGUUUGGGUACCAGUUCACCCAUCAGGGUCCCAGAGCCCGUGCCGCUGCUGCAAUCACAAAAAACAACGACCUGGUGCGACGGAGGCGAGUAGAGAAGGAUGUGUAGAACAUAUUCUCCUCUUUCUCUCUCUCUUUCUCUCUCUCACAAGCUCAUCGGACUCUUGUGCCAAACCCUCUGAGGGAGCCGCUUCACCUAAAGAAGGGACACAACUGGAUACUUUGCCUCCCUAAUGUUAAUACUCAAUGAUAUUUUUGUUAUGUUGUAUUAUUAUUAUUGUUAAUUGUUGUUUGUUUUAUAGCUGAAACUCUUUUGCAGCCAAUUUUUUUUUUUUUUUUUUUGCUUUGUAAAACCCUUUUUUGCUCUUUUUCUUUAUAAAAGUUAUUUGAAACGAAACUAAACCGGUUGCAACGGUUACACACAAGCACUCAAGCACUAUAGUGAUCUCUACAUGGAUGGGCUGGUUUAGAACUUGUCGCCCAUAUUCAUUCUGAACAAAUCUAGACUCAACUGGACUGGAUCUGCUGUGUUGCCCGCUUAAUGUGAGAUAAAUCUAGAUUUGUUGAGUCUGGGUUUGGCGCACAGAUUUCAGCCAAUGAGAGCCAUGCUGUUUGUAACAGACACUCCUUUAUAAAAGUCAUCUAUAGUCUCGCUGUUAGCUUCACUGUGAGUGUGUGAGAAGAUUGUGCGGCUGUAGUUUUAUCAGCAUGGGUUGUGGUUGGAUGUCUUUGGGCAGCUGGGUUGUCUCAAAAACUCUCAGCUUCCACACUGCGCCUCGGUUUUGCUGCCGAUUGAGACGAUUCAUAUUGUAUAAUUCACCUCUGUUCCCAAAAUACACCAGCUGAUACUGGGUGUCUGAGGAAUUACAAGUGCUAAUUUAAGAUCAACGCCCCAUUUUCACCAAACGUCUUUGGAAAUGGAAAGAUUUGUACUAGAUCAGCACUAAUGACAACCUUGAACGAAGGUUAAAGAUCGACAGGUUUCACUUAAAGGCUUUAGAGGUAUAUUUCCACCGAGCUAUGCACUAAGGGAUUUUUUUCUUCUUCUUUUUUUCAAUACAGGAAGUGUUCAUUUAUGUAAUUUAGUUGUCAGUUAUAGAUUUAGAUAAGAGUAUCAUUCCUGUAGAUAAAUCUAAAAUGGCUUUUCUAAUACCAUGCCAAAGACUAACACUUAAAUACUCUAAUCUUCAGGACUCUAACUGAUGUCAGACAGGAAAUAGGUUUGGAUUGCAUUUUUUUUUUUUUUUAGUUUAUUAAAGGUAUAAUUCACCUUAAAAGAAAAUGCUAAAUGUCUUGCCCUAAAUUGUUCCAAAUUUUUACGCUGUUAUUUUUUUGUAUAGAAUGCUAUAGGUUAAUUUUAAAAUAAUUUUUGCACAGUUUAUGGUAACCACAGCUGUCAAAGACAUUAUGGGUUAUGAAGACAAUAUGAUAGUUUUGUGCUUGGGUUAGGACAACAUUUAAAUCGUUCACUGUAAUUGGUUCACCAGCAACCAAUUGCCAAAUGGCUUGGAAUGUAACAAAUUUUGUUCGAAAAAUAGCUCCAUGAAGAUUCCCAUUCCAAAAAAAAAAAUAAUAAUAAUAAUAAUAACCAGAUAUGGGUUUUGAUAGAUUAUUCCUUUAGUUUAUCUAGAAUAAAUAUUUUUGAAACACAUGGUCUGUGCUAAAGAGGAAAUUAGAGAACUAGUUGAAUGAGAGCGAGAAGGAUGAGUAAAGUUUCAUCUUGAAUAGCAAACAAUCCUGUGAGCAUUUAGUGGUCCUGGUGCAACCAGAGUCCUGAACAUACAUGCAUGUUUGUGAUCGCAUGCAUGUUUGCAAGGUAAAGUUUUAUCUUUUCACUAAAGCUAUCUAACAUGCUUUCAUAACACCAGUGUAAGUAAGAUUAACCUUUAUACUGCUUGCCAUUUUCUGUGAGCAUGUACAUCCUGCGAGGUUCAUUGAUUGUGGUAAUUAAUGUAGAGCACAGACGCUUUGGCAUGUUUUUGAGGAAGGUGUUGAAGCCACCAAAUGGACCUUCAGCACAAAAGUGUGGCGAAGCAGUCUGAGUAUGGAUUAUAUAGCUGGAUUACACAGGGGAACAUGUACACCUGCUUUAAAUGCAAAAGCUAGGACCAAGUUUGAAGUUUUCCUUUUCUCACCUUGUCGUUUUGUACUGUUCAGUUUUCUAAGAGCCUUGUGUAUCAAUUGAGUUUAUGUUUGUCUUUCAGUUUUCUUUGUGAACAAAUGCUGAAUUGUGUAUGAAAUCUUUUUUUACAGGUUAUGGUUCAUUUCAUUCUAUCUUUCUUUUGAUUAUUAGUUACAGGUUCAUGCUUUGCUUAAAGCUUGUGCUUUUAAGAAAGAGCUCUGCAAUCUUACCAUGAGUUCAUUUGUAAUAACCAUCUCGAAUUGUCUUCAGAAGAUUCCACACAAAUAUACAUAUAAAUAUUGUGUACCAUAAACGCCUCUUAUAUUGCCGCAUUUUUGUAUGUUGAAGCUACAUGUCUGGAUUCCUGAAGAGGAAAUCUUACUAUGUACUGUUAAUAACACACAACUCUGUAAAGUAUCAGACGUCAUCAAUAAAAUGUAUGUUUUUACAGAUUG